UUAUUAAAAAACCGUCAAAUUUAGUGUGAAAUCAAAUGUCCAAUAUCCGAAACCUUUUCGUCGCUUACCUCAUUUCUUUAAAAAAAUUCUAGCCAUCUUUUAUUAUUAAAAUUGUGUCUGUAACAUCUGAGUUUGAGCCAAUAGCCACAGAUGGUUACCGGCAAUCCUAGACAAAGGUCAAAUUCUUCGAACGAAGGAUCGGAUAGUUUGGAUAACACACAACAAGAUGAUUCUCCUACCCUACCGCCAACUCCUGGUGACAAUGGCAUAGACACUCUUAACCCCGCUCCGAACUAUUCUCCUAAUCAAAUUACCUCUCCCACUAUAACCCCACCACUAUCGUCAAAUUCACCCGGUCAAUCAGGACGUCAAUCAUUAGCGUCACCUAAUCACAGUUCAAUACAAACCAAUAAUCCAUCUCCAAUAAUAACAACAUCAACAAGACGACAUUAUCAUCAUAAUCACCAUCAUCAUCAUGGAGAAGGAAGAAGAAAUUAUCCGGGCGAACCACAUCUUUCUCUCGCUCCUCAUGUAGAUCCUGCACCUGCGCCUGCAAUGUAUUGGUCAAAAGCAAGAACUCAUGGUAAACCCUCUAAAGCAUUAAGAGCACAUACUGUCAACUUAGUCGGCGAAUUAAUGUACGUCUUUGGCGGAUGCGACGCCAAAACUUGCUUUAAUUCAAUACUCAUAUUCGACGCGGAUACAAUGUAUUGGAAUCGCGCUCGAACUAUAGGAGACCCACCACCAAUAUGUCGUGCACAUUCAUCUACGCUUGUAGAUAAAAAAUUAUUUAUCUUCGGUGGUGGUGACGGCCCUACGUAUUUUAAUGAUUUGUUUAUUUUCGAUACGGACGUACUGGAAUGGAUUAAGCCCAAAACGUCCGGAAACAUUCCGUCACCACGCCGUGCUCACACUUCUGCUUAUUACAAUAACCAUCUCUACAUUUUUGGAGGCGGAGAUGGAUUUAAAGCCCUCAAUGAUGUAUAUAUACUAAAUAUAACAGAUUUAAACAAUCUGGUAUGGCAGAAAUUAGAACCCAAAGGGAGGCCCCCAAUUUCUAGGGGAUAUCAUACCACAAACCUUGUGGGAAGUAAAUUGGUGGUUUAUGGUGGAAGCGAUGGCCACGAAUGUUUCAGCGAUGUCUACGUAUUGGACUUAGAAUCCAAUACGUGGAUUCAAGCGGUUGAAAAAUCUUAUCCGCGACUUUCACAUACAGCCACACAAGUAGGCUCCUAUUUAUUUAUUGUGUGUGGUCACGAUGGGUCGAAGUAUACGUCGGAGGUUUUAUUAUUAAAUUUGGUAACUAUGGAGUGGGAACGCCGUAAAGUAUAUGGAACUCCUCCGUCCGGUAGAGGGUAUCAUACAACUGUUUUGUAUGAUUCCCGCUUAUUCGUUUUUGGUGGAUAUGAUGGACACUCUGUCUUUGACGAUGUAUAUGUGCUCGAUUUAUCUGCCUGUGCGUAUCUACCGCAGAUAACGAAUUUCCAGCUUCCGGAAUUGUAAUAAAAAUUAUUUUUUACGUUCUAACUUUAAAAGAAUAUAUUUAUAAACGCAAAUAAAUUGUGUUUAUUUAAAAAAAUAUACACACACACACGAGAGAGAGGAAAAAAAUAAAAUCCGAGAUAUAUAUUUUAUAUAUAUAUAAUUUGCGUUUAUUUAAAAAAAUAUACACACACACGAGAGAGAGGAAAAAAAUAAAAUCCGAGAUAUAUAUUUUAUAUAUAUAUA